CUAAAAUGUCCCUACUACCCAAAACAGUCUAUGGAUUCAAUGCAAUUCCUAUGAAAGUUCUAAUGGCGUGUCAUGCGUCCUCUUUCCUGGAUGAGAGCAGUGCCUUGAUGUCAGCGUUCUGCUCUAAACCACGUGAAGCAUCCCGUGGUCCUGCAACCACUUUCCAGGACUGGCUGGCGAGUGUGGCAAGAUCCUCCCUCUGACCAACGACACCACAGGAGUCCCUGAAAGGCUCACACUUGGAUGGGGAACCGCAUCGGGCGCACGGAGGUGGAGAACGCCCUGAGCGAACACCUGGCGUGGCAGGAUCAGCUGCGAGGAGCAGCCAGGACCUGAUUCGAAGGAGGCAAGGAGGACACAGCGGUCCUUGUGUCUGUCCGUGGGCACUGAUGCAGUGUCCCUUUAAAGGACAAGAACAUGAUGGUGCAAAGGCUACUCUUCUGGCUCCUCAUGUUCCCAUAUCCCAGUUCCCCAAACCCAAAUCUUGUCCUUUCCUUGCCUGACCAUUUCUGUGUUGGCCCUGAUGUGAUUGAAGUUCUGUGGAAGCUUCUCAUUAUAACUGCCUGCUUGGGAGCCUGUGCCUUUCUCAUUUACCUGUGGAGAACCAUCCUCGCUGUAAAGCCUCGACAAUAUGAAGUUACUUUAGACCAAAUAAAGAGGAAUAUUGUUGAGCUGAAAAAGGAAAACAAAUAUCUUGACACAAACAUAGCCAGUUGGGAGGAGAAGAUCAGGGAAGCAAAGCAAGAAUCUCACAGGAAGAGAGCACAUAAGGUUUCCCUUGCGGAAAUAAAUGAAUGCAAAGAGAACAUCAAACACUUGGAAAUCAUCAAUAAAAAUUUGAAGGACACCCUUCAUCUUAAACAGGCUCUCUCAGAGAUUGUGAGAGCCAGAGAUAUCCAGACCAUGGAUGUGGUCCAAGAUGAAUUGGAUGAUGAAGUGCCGAGAGUCUUGAGAUGCGAAAACCAAAAACUGAAAGAGAAGGAAAAGUUCCUGGAAGACCACUAUAGUGCCCCGAGUUUUCGGAAAAUAGCUAAAGAAGCAGAAUUCAGCCUACUAAUGAAGAAAGUGGAUAUGAUGGUGGAGUUCACGGAACAACAAAAACGGACUGCAGAGGAGAAGUUAGAAGAGACCAUUCAUGAUCUGAAUGAAACCAGGAAUGAGCUGUCAUCUGCCAAACAUAAUCUGAAGGCGACUAAAGAAGAAAUGGAGAAGUAUCGACAACAAGUGGAAGACAUGCAACAUCAGCUUUCAGAGGCGGAGUUCACCUUCCAAAGCCAGAUGGCAGUGCAGGAGAGGAAUGCUGAGGCUAACUGGAUGAGGGCUCAGGAUUGGGAGAGGAGGAGAGUGCAGCAGAGCAGGGAGAACGCCUACCUGAAACACAGACUGCGCAUGAUGGAAAGGGAGAUGCUGCCUGUGGGACCCACGCAGUGCAGACUGAUGCCGGGAAGGCCUGAGUUCCAGAAGCCUCUGUGGCAAGCACCUAGACCGGUUCCCAGGAUGAACAGCCACACCGGCCCUCAAAAGGGCCCAGAGAUGCCUACGGUCGGUACAGGUGUGGGAGUGCUUCCUCAUAGCCCAGGGCCCCUCCGUAUGCCCUACCACGUGGGGCGGAAUAUACCAGGCUUUCCUCCUCCUCCUCCACCUCCACACUGGGGGACCUGGGGGCCUCAGCCCCACCUCGUUCCUCCACCACACGGGCUUCCUUUCCACUCAGAAGCCUGUGGAGCUCCACGGGACAAUAGCAGCGCUGUGCCCAAGAAGGUCCCAGAGGAGAACCAAGCUAAUCAUUUUGUAAAUUGAAGACUUCCUUGACCUCCAACAACCAGGCUCCAAUGAUUUUUUAUUUAGUAAAAAUAUGAAUGCUUUCUUCCUGGUGGUCUGAGUGCUUUCCCUGCCCAUCCUCUCCCCUGUGCUUCGUCUCUCCUGGUAUCGCCCCCAAUAAACCGUUCACGGUCCUGU